AUUUGUCGGUUUGGUGUGGAGCGCAGCUUGCCAUGCAGGAUGCAGAACCCCUGCUGGGCCUAGGCGUGGGUACGAGAGCUUCGUCUCUAAGAGAAAAGAGAUCAUCUCAGGUUCAGCGUGAGCAGGAGGCGUCGCCAACCAGGAGCAGAUGCCAUGGACGUGUUUAACUUCACUUACUGGAACGCCUCGGAAGGCAAUGACACCGACGCGGCGGAGGAGGGCGAGAGCGCCUACAAGACGGUGGAGGUGGUGUUCAUCGUGCUGGUGGCCGGCUCCCUCAGUCUGGUCACCGUCAUUGGAAACAUCCUGGUCAUGCUCUCCAUCAAAGUCAACAGGAACUUGCAGACCGUCAACAACUAUUUCCUCUUCAGCCUGGCGUGCGCUGACCUCAUUAUCGGACUGUGCUCCAUGAACUUGUACACUGUCUACAUCGUCAUGGGGUACUGGCCUCUGGGCCCGGUGGUUUGCGACCUGUGGCUGGCGCUGGACUAUGUAGUCAGCAACGCCUCUGUCAUGAAUCUUCUUAUCAUAAGCUUUGACAGAUACUUCUGCGUCACCAAGCCCCUCAGCUACCCUGUCAAAAGAACCACCAAGAUGGCAGGGAUGAUGAUUGCCGCCGCCUGGGUGUUGUCUUUCAUCCUGUGGGCGCCCGCCAUCCUCUUCUGGCAGUUUAUUGUGGGUGGGCGGACAGUGCCUGAGAAGGAGUGUUACAUUCAGUUCUUUUCCAACGCCGCUGUCACUUUCGGCACAGCCAUUGCCGCAUUUUACUUGCCCGUCAUCAUCAUGAUUCAGCUCUACUGGCAGAUCUCCAGGGCGAGCAAAAGCCGGGUGAAGAAGGAUAACCGAAAGCCGUCAGGAGGCAACGCCGAGCCUCUGUCGCCAGCCCAGCGGAGGAACAACAAACCCAACAAUAACAACAUACCUGCCGAGAGCGUGGGGUGUUCCCAGAGCCAGAACGUGGACGAUGGCGCAAGCCAACAUGACGAAAGGAUGCAGAACGGCAAAGCACCUUCUUCGAACACGAACGAGGGCGAAACCGAGGGUGACGAUGUGGCGAAGGACGUCUGCGCUCCCGCAGAAGAGAAGGAGAGCUCCAACGACUCCACCUCGGGCAGCGUGGCCGCAACCAACCUGAAAGACGAGGGGGCGGUGCCUUCCGCGGCCAACUCCGGCGCGGACCCCGGCCAGUCUCUUCCCCGCCAGCGGGCCAAGGCAGGCGUCUCCAAGCUGACCUGCAUCAAAAUUAAAGCAAAAUCCCCCAAAGGGGACUGCUACACGCCCUCCAACACCACCGUAGAAAUAGUCCCCGCCUCCGACAGGCAGAACCACGUGGCGCGCAAGAUCGUCAAGAUGACCAAGCAGCCGCCCAACAAAAAGAAGAAAGCGGCGCCGUCGCGGGAGAAGAAGGUGACCCGCACCAUCAUGGCCAUCCUGGUGGCGUUCGUGGCCACCUGGACGCCUUACAACGUGAUGGUGCUCAUCAACACCUUCUGCUCCAGCUGCAUCCCCAACACGGUGUGGACGCUGGGGUACUGGCUAUGCUAUAUCAACAGCACCAUCAACCCCGCCUGCUACGCCCUGUGCAACGUCACCUUCAAAAAGACGUUCAAGCACCUCCUGCUCUGCCAGUACAAGAGCAGUCGGUCCGCCAGGUAGAGAUGCUGGUAUGGAGAGAGUGCCAUGUGUGGAUGUUUGUGACCAUUCUUUCAUUCAUGUCGGAGCACUUUACACUAAUUAGCUGUGUUGUUCAC